AUGGUGGAUUGGCAUGCUCUUGAGUGUAUCCUCGAGGAGAUUGGUGUUCGUAAACAAUUUAUCACUUGGAUUAUGUUGAUUGUUUCUACUGUUUCCUAUAGGUUCAACGUAGAUGGUUGUUAUACUGAGAACAUAGAAACUAGGAGGGGUAUUAGACAAGGGGAUCCCUUGUAUCCUUUUUUCUUUGUCAUUAUUAUGGAGUAUCUCAAUAGAUCUUUCAUUAAAAUGCAGAAGAAUCCCAAUUUUAAUCAUCAUUUCCAAAUGUGA